AUGCCUCUUGGAGUCGCCAUAGUUGGAAGCGGAAUCUUUGCCCGCGAGCAGCAUCUGCCUGCAGUCGAAGCGGCCAAAGACCUUCAGCUGAAAGCCAUCUACUCGAGAUCGUUGACCUCGGCGCAACAGCUCGCGGGGGAAUCGACCGUAGCAGGUCUGGACCUGUACGCUGACGACUCCAGGCCAGGGAGAAGCUAUGGCGAUCUUCUUGCCCGCCAGGACAUUUCUGCCGUCAUCAUAUGUCUCCCCAUCUUGGUGCAGCCGGAAUUCAUCAAACAAGCUCUCACGGCAGGGAAACACGUUCUGUCCGAGAAACCGAUCGCAAAGGACCUUGCUACCGCACAAGAACUGGUACAGUGGUACCAUGCGACGAUAGACACACACUGCACCCUCUGGGCUGUGGCCGAGAACUACCGGUUCUUCACCAAGUUCCUCCUUGCCGCCGAGCAGGUGCAAAAGCUCGGCAGGGUCCGCAACUUUCGCGUCAACGAGCAUACGCUCGUUCCGCCAGAAUCAAAAUACUACAACACCGCAUGGCGCAAAAAUCCUCAAUAUCAAGGCGGUUUCCUGCUCGACGGCGGCGUCCACACUGUUGCAGGGCUACGGUUGAUCCUCGGUGCGAACGACCCGGUGGUCUCGCUCUCUGCUCAUACGAGCCUACAGCAAGAACACCUUCCACCGGUUGAUACCGUGGAUGCCGUGAUGAAGACCCGGUCUGGUGCCACGGGCGUGUUGUCCAUGUCGUUCGGCUCGGCGUUCAAGGACUCCACGUUGGAGUUCUCCUGUGAAGGAGGGAUCGUGACUCUCACCUUCGACGGAGUCUUCGUCAAUGGAGUCGAUCAGAAUAUUCCCUUUGACGGCAAGGGCGUUGUCACUGAAGUUGCUGCCUUUGCUGCCGCGAUCGGUCGCGGGGAAGCCUUAGACCCGAGGCAGUCAUUGGAAGAGGCGUUGGCGGAUCUCGAAAUCCUGGAGAAAAUGCUAGUGAGCGGUGGUGAAAAGAUGACAAUCACAGGCGAAUUCGAACCGUCACGACAACUCUCGAACGCCCAGCCAGCGAGACCCGAUAAUACCGUCAAGAUGGUCCUCGCCAAGAAGCACGUCCCUAUCGUGAAGAAGCGCACGAACACCUUCUUCCGCCACCAGUCCGACCGCUUCAAGUGCGUGCCGGCAUCAUGGCGCAAGCCUAAGGGUAUCGACAGCCGCGUCCGCCGUCGCUUCAAGGGCCAGAUUGCUAUGCCUUCGAUCGGUUAUGGCAGCAACAAGAAGACCCGCCACAUGAUGCCCUCCGGCCACAAGGCCUUCCUCGUCCACAACCCCAAGGACGUUGAGCUCCUGCUCAUGCACAACCGCACCUACGCUGCCGAGAUCGCCCACGCCGUCUCCUCCCGCAAGCGCGUCGAGAUCCUCGCCAAGGCCAAGGCCCUCGGCGUCAAGGUCACCAACCCCAAGGGCCGCGUCACCACCGAGGCUUAA